UGUUUUCGUUUGUAUGUUAGUUCAUGGUAUCUAUAUAAUGAAAGGAUUAAAACUUGUUCUUUUGCAGACACUGAGGUUCUCAUAAUCAAAAGUCUGACACACAGAGAAAUCAAUGCAGUUAUAAAGACCAUACCCAAUCCAGUCUAUCUCUUCCAAGGAAUUGUACUACGUCGAGGUGCCAAAGGAACUGGAAUGAAAUCUAUUGAGUUAGCGCUCUCCAUGUGUGAUAUCAUUGAUAUAUAUGGAUUCACUGUUGAUCCAGGAUACACUGAAUGGACAAGAUACUUCUCUAAGCCUAGGAAGGGACACAAUCCACUUCAAGGAAGAGCGUAUUACCAACUUCUAGAAUGUCUUGGGGUAAUCAGGAUUCACUCGCCCAUGAGAUCUAAGAGGAGGGAAGACUGGUCAGAUAUACCUGGUAGAGAAAUGAUAAGGCAAGCACAUGCAGCAGCUUUGCGUUUGAAAAGGAAUGAAGACGAUCAUGGAGGUGAUUUAGGGCAGUUUGGCAAUUGUAAGGUGUGGGGCAAUGUGGAUCCAGAGAACAGUGGACCUGUUUCAGGAUCACCAGACAUGAGUGAUGUCAGGAAAUAUUCAAAUUAUAGUAAAUGGGAAGUGAUACCUUUUGAGAGUUUGAGGAGGGAAGCACAGGAUCAUUAUAACCAGAUGCAAGGGGUCUCUCUAUAUAAAAUGGACGGCAAUAGGUUGGAUGAUCUAGUUUGUGUGAGACAUUCCUCAAAAUCUGAUGCGUAAGUGGUGCCUUUGCUUUCUAUUGUUAUUAUUUGAUCGUGCCCAACCUUCUAUAGAAUCUUGGAUGAAGUUACUUUCUCUGAGGGCUGCUGACAUUACUUCCCAACAGCGUUCUGUUUCUUCACUUAUUGCAGCCAGAGCGUAGCACCAAUCUCAACUCCAAGUGAAAAAAUGGAGUGAAUAUGCAUAAUUCCACCAAUCCUGGUGAUUCAUGUUAGAAAUCACACUACAGGAAUUCUGACCCCAGAAGUUUGUUGUACCAUUUUUUUUUUCAGUUCUGGAAUGGACAGUCCUUAGUCCGUGGCAUGAUAGGUAUCUAACUUCUAUAAUGUACUAAUUGUCUAAAGAAGUAUCUGCAAAAAAAGAAACAUUUUUUUUAUGAUGAUGGAUAAAGAAAAUGAUAGUGAGCUGUUUUGUUUUACGAGAUUUUCAAUGUAUUUAUUUUGUUGCUAA